GUUUUUAUCCAUUGGAUUUAGUUUGGUUAAACCAACCGUACCACCUCUGACUUCAAUAUUUGCUUCCAAUGGCCAAAUCAUAGCCCCUAAUUUAGCUACGGAUCUUGAUUAGUGUUACUCAGAGGGUCACAUGUGGGGACGUGUUAUUACUUGGCAGAUGUUUACCAAAAAAAUGAAAAAGAUGGGAAGUUCCUCUGAGAUUGAUGAAACUGAUCCCACUGAGGAGACUGUAUCAGCUGAUGACUCACACAGUGAUGACAACAAUCUGGGAACUCUGGAAGGAUCUCAAUAUUCAAAGCACCGACAUGUCAAGUAUACCUUCUUCAGCUCACCAAAACCCAAGGGACGCCGUUUUGGCAAAAUAGACACCGAAAGAGAUAUGGCUCCUAUGGACUCUGUGUACCAAACAGAAAGCAAAAUGUCUCCAACCAUUAAGUUCCAGAUAAGUUCUGAUAGAGGGAAAUAUGGUAACCAGUUGGUCAGACAAAGUUCUUCCGUGGAAUCCACCACAAGUUGCAAGGACAGAACAUUUAAGCUGUAUGAUCGGAACAGGAUUUUUGAAGCUGCAGCUUACGGGGACUGUGAUGAGCUUGAUGAUCUACAGAUGUAUUUGCUUAGAACCCACAAACGCCUCACUAAUCAAGAGUUCAAAGAACCAGAAACGGGCAAGACGUGCCUCCUUAAAGCUAUGUUAAAUCUGAGUAACGGAAAAAAUAGCACUAUCCAACUGUUACUGGAGAUCGCAGAGAAGACCGGUAAUUUGAAAGAAUUCAUUAAUUCAUGUUACACAGACACCUACUACAGAGGUCAGACUGCUCUUCAUAUUGCUAUUGAAAGAAGGAACAUGGACCUUGUUGAACUGUUGUUACAACAUGGAGCAGAUGUCCAUGCACGAGCAGACGGGGAAUUCUUCAGGAAAGCAAAAGGAAGACCUGGAUUCUAUUUUGGUGAGCUGCCGCUGUCCCUUGCAGCUUGCACUAAUCAAAUUGAGAUAGUCCGAUACCUUCUACAGAACCAGUACUCUGCAGCCAACAUUGCUGCUCAGGAUAGCUAUGGAAAUACAGUGCUGCAUGCUCUGGUAGACAUCGCGGACAACACUCAGGAGAACACAAAGUUUGUGACCAAGAUGUAUAGCGAGAUAUUAGUUUUGGGCGCUCAGAUUGAACCUUCACUUAGACUGGAAGAUAUAGGCAACAAGAAAGGUCUGACUCCUCUGACACUCGCAGCAAAAACUGGCAAAAUUGGGGUUUUUGCCUAUAUCCUCAGGAGGGAGAUUAAAAAUCCAGAGUGCAGACAUCUUUCACGAAAGUUUACUGAAUGGGCGUAUGGACCAGUGCAUUCUUCUUUGUAUGAUCUCUCUGGUGUGGACACCAUUGAUAAAAACUCAGUUCUUGAAAUCCUCGCUUACAGCAGUGAGACACCAAACCGUCAUGAUAUGCUUUUGGUGGAGCCCCUCAACAGACUGUUACAAGACAAAUGGGACCGUUUUGCUAAACGAGUCUUCUACUUCAACUUUGUGGCAUACGUAGCACAUGUUGUCAUCUUUACUGUAGCUGCCUACUACCGACCAGUGGAUGGAAAUCCUCCCUUUCCGUUGACGAGUGACAGUUACCUUCGAUCCACUGGGGAGCUUUUUACUGUUUUUGGAGGAAUAUAUUUCUUUUUUAGAGGGAUUCAGUAUUUUAUGCAGAGACAUCCAUCUCUGAAGACAAUACUUGUCGACAGCUACAGUGAGGUUCUGUUCUUCACCCAGUCCCUGUUUCUGCUCUUAUCUACUAUUCUGUAUUUCGCUGGAAGGAACGAAUAUGUGGCCUUUAUGGUGAUAUGUUUAGCAAUGAGCUGGGUUAAUGUGCUGUAUUACACGCGAGGAUUUCAACAAAUGGGUAUCUACGCUGUGAUGAUUGAGAAGAUGAUCAUAAGAGACAUGCUGAGAUUUAUGUUUGUCUACAUCCUAUUUCUUGUGGGAUUUGCAGCAGCUUUGGUGACACUUAUUGAAGAUGGAGAAAUCAAGGAAGAAACUAUUGCAAAACGACCUUGCAAAAUUGGCCCGUCCUCAUACAACAACUUGUACUACACCUGCCAGGAGCUGUUUAAGUUUGCAAUCGGAAUGGGAGACUUGGAAUUCACUGACAAUUACAAAUAUAAGCCCAUAUUUAUCCUGCUUCUGAUCACAUAUGUUAUUCUUACCUACAUCCUCCUACUUAACAUGUUGAUAGCUCUGAUGGGAGAAACGGUCAGUAAGAUUGCUCAGGAGAGUAAAAGUAUCUGGAAAUUGCAGAGAGCUAUUACUAUAUUGGACAUAGAGAAAAGCUUCAUGAACUGCUUGAGGAACACAUUCAGAUCAGGGAAAUCUGUGCUGGUGGGACUGACACCUGACGGGAAGGAAGAUUAUAGGUGGUGCUUCAGGGUCGAUGAGGUGAACUGGACCAAGUGGAACACUAACUUAGGGAUAAUCAACGAGGACCCUGGAAACUGUGAAGGAAUUAAACGUGUCUUGAGUUCUUCAUUCCGUCGGGGUAGAACGAGGAAAUGGAAGACAUUGGUUUCUUUCAAAACGGACAGAGCGAAAGUCCCAGAUGAAGCUGGGGAACCGCUGCAAACCAUCACAGAAACGAAAGCUGAACAAGAACCCAGCGAUGAUUUGACCAUGAAAGCGGUUCUGACCACCUAGAUUACUAUCGCCAUCCUCUAUACUUCGGAUAUGUAGGUUUACUGUAACAAGGAAAACACAGAUCUCUAACAACAAAUUAUUUAUUUGAAACAUACCAUAUAUUGGAGUAUUGUUACAAUGCCAGUUAGUUGAACCCUUUGCUUUUUAAAUAUUGUAUACAACCAUCUUCAUUUAAAAAAAAAAAACACCCCAAAAAAACACAAUGUCAAGUCACCCAAGGCAUAAAAGAACCAUAAAUGUUAAUGGACUACAAUUCACAUCAUCCUUCAUGCCAAGCAAGGAACCUGCUUCUAUGUUACUCCAUAUCAGUGGAUUGCCUGAUAAAGCAGCUUGACUGUGGAUGGUGGGGAAUCGAAACAAACUCUAAGUUUGAUGGUGGUAGCCUGAAUGAUACAGCUUCAGCAUCCCCC